AUCAGUUUUGUCAAUUAGUUCUCUUUAUCACAUGUCACUUCUCUACCCUCCAUUGCAGGCCCCCUUAUUUGAAAAAAUUUGUGACAACAUUGGGUAGUUGUGGUGUUUUCACCCCCGCCGGGGAAAAGUUCCGGUUAAUGGUGGUGUAAACAGCCGGACAAUAACCAUACGUAUAGGAGACAUGCAAGCGCCGGCAAAAAAAGUAUUGGUGGUGGCAGAUCCGACCCGAGAUUCAUCGGGUGCGCUCCAAUACGCACUUUCUCAUUCAGUGCUCGAACACGACGAAUUGAUCCUCCUUCAUGUCGAGAACCCAAGUAAUUGGAUACACGGAUUCAAUCUCAAUACAUUGCUCAAAAUCCCGCCUAAUCUAGCUACCGUCGCCGCGCAAGCCAUGUCGUUUGAUCACGGGAAAGGAAAUGGAAUUGCAAACUCAGGGGAGCCGGUAAAGGAUUUUCUUGAAGAAAUGAAGAAUGAAUGCAAUCGGGCAAAACCAAAACUAAAUGUGCGUAUAGAGAGGGUGACAUUGGAAGCUGGCAGAGACAGAGCAAACACUAUUUUACAUCAUAGCGAAGUUCUUGGGGUUGACAUCAUUGUUAUAGGGCAACGGCGAAGUCUUUUUCCCAAGGGACAUUUAGGAGCAUAUACAUGGCCUGGAGGGCGAUCGACAGGGUCAUCGAAAGGGAUAAACACAGCAGAGUAUUUGAUUGAGAACUGCAAGUGCACUUGUGUUGGAGUACAGAAGAAGAGCCAAGCUGGAGGCUACGUUCUCAACUCAAAAACCCACAAAAAUUUCUGGCUUCUUGCAUAGUUUACAACCACCUGCACCAGAUCUCAAGUGAUGUAAUAUGCUCUUUACUCGUUCUUGUUUUCUUCUUUAAUUUCUCAUAGCUAUGGAGUACUGAGUUAUGAUAUGAAAUGCAUCACAAAUUUUGAUGAAAAAAACAAUAUAUAAUAAUAAAAAGGGACAUUUUUGAAAACCCUA